GUUUUCCAGCUUUGUGCAGAGAUGCCCGUUUGGAGGCCUAACGCCAGAGCUGGCCAUGUCUGAGGUGGUGACAGCAGAGUCUGCUUCAGGAUUUGGAGGAGCUUGGGGUUGUGGGGGCAGGUGUGUAAAGCUGCAAACUGUGCUUGUCCUCCGACUCUGAGGAUUGUCCAGGACACUGAUGUCCAGAAGUGCUGUCUAGAGAGGAGGCAACUGAGCAAGCUGGGACCAGAAGUAAUGAACUAUGAGGGAGCCACUGGGAGAAAGCAGUGUGGUCCCCACGCCUGACAAAGGGAAGGGGCACAGUUAGUAUGCAGACUCCCUGGGCAGAAGGAGCACUGUGAUGGUAUCUCUAUCUCCUGCCCCUGGCUUUUGGGAGUCCAAGGGCUGAGCUGUCAGCGAGUGUGGUUCGGAAGAACAUGCCCUGUUCCCACCUAAGCAGAUCAGUGGUUAAUUAUACCUAGAGGUAGAACAUUUGUGAUUUCAACCCUCCAGAAAAGCAACACUGGCUCCUGUUUCUCAGUAUUUCCUGGCUCAUGUACCUGGGGAGGCUUGUCUCCCUCAUAGCUAGUCUUUAGCUUGCCCGUCUGUGGUGAGAAGGAUGGGGAGCAUGAGAGGCUGUGAACGUCUGCUGGAGGCUUUACAGGUAGGUGUUCACCUGGCGGGAGAGCUCAAGGGAGACGUGCAUGGGGCAGGUUGGCUGAACAGGUCGCUAGACCACUGUCUCGUACAAGGGUAGGUAUGGUGGGUACCUCACCUUCCCGGGGAACCUGGGGCCUGGCCCCAGUCCACUAUUUAGCUUUUUGGGUUGUGAUUCUGCGCGUGUGCAGCCCCUCUAUUGGGAUGGGGGUGUUGACGAAUGCCGGGCUGCAGAUUGAGCUUCAGGACCAGUCUUUUGCAAGCCACGCUCCCAGCUCCUCCCUCACUGCUUUGUGUGCUGUUCCCUUCCCUGCCUUCCCCAGGUGGCUGUCGGGGACAGGAUCUGUGCUGCACAGACAGGAGACAGCAUCUUGUCACACUUUUUGGGGUGGGAUAAAACUUCUGCUGCCCCAUGUAGACUUGUGGAACAGGGCCCUGCUCGUGUCUGCUAGCAAGAAUGCCCUCUGACAUAAAUCACUGUAGUGCCCUGGGAGAGCAGAUCAGGUACUGAUCCUCUCCUGGUCUGGGGGCUCACCUGGGCCCCUGGUGAAGAUGCUUCUUCUGUGCCCAGAGUUGGCAAGACCUGCUAUAGCUUAGACACUGUGCCUUCAAACUUCUUAUGUGUGGCUGGCGGAAGUGGGCAGUGCUGGAUGCUGAUGACCUCAUGGACUGGGCAUUUCUCAGCUUUGUUACAGGGCCUGCUGCCUGGCUGGCUUGGGGUUGGACCUGUGUCCUCGGAGGCAGCCAUGGCUACUCACUGUCCUUCUGUUGCUGGCGGUCAUUGAAGGCUCCAGGCUCUCCAAGGGCUGGUGUUAGACUUUGAUCUGGGGCGGAAGUGCCCCUGCAUGAGCUGCUUGCUGCUGCCACAAGGUGAGGGAGAUGAGGUGAGAUGUAGCACUGUGACAGCUCUCGCAACCCCUUCCUGGGCUUGGGCCAGCCUCUGAGCCCUGGCAUCCUGCCUGCAAACUAGGGUCCAGAACUGGACCCCAAUGGGGUGGGAAGCAAACCAGGGCAGAGGGAGGGAAGCUGCAGCCCAAGGAGCAGGGGCAGAACUACAUCUCUCAGGGAAGACAGUGCCCAAACCCACCUCCAGCCCUGCCAGGCUAGUGAAAGGGGAAGAAAGCCAGGGCCUAAGCCCAGGUACCCAGGACUUGCAUGAAGUCACAUUGGGCCCACUAUAGACCAAAUGGAUCUGUUGUGCCUAGACCUCGUCAACCAAACCCUCCCUGGGUGUUGUACUAGCUCUCCUGGGCCUGUGUGAACGUCACCCAAGAAUCACACGCUCAGGUGUCCUGAACUCCCCCAAACAUUAUUGGAUGUUAGGCAUCUAAACCUGGGAGGGCAGGGAGUGAGAGUUUUACGUCAGUAGUAUGGAGGAGUGGAGCUUCCCUGGUGGCUGCCUUCAUGUCAGUGAAUCACUGAGGUUGGACAGCACCUCUGGAAGUCAUCUAGUCCAACCCCUGCUCAAAGCAGGUUGCUCAGGACUGUGCCCAGAUGGGUUUUGAAUAUCUGUGUGGAUGGAGACUUUACAUUAUCUCCGAGCAGCCUGUUCCAGUGCUUGACCACCCUCAAAGGAAGAAAGUCUUUUCUUAUGUUUAAGUGGAAUUCCAUGUAUUGCAGUCUGCUUGUUGCCACUUGUCCCAUCACUGGGCACCACUGAGAAGAGUCUGGCUCCAGCACCCCCAUCUGGCAUUUGUACACAUUGAUAAUAUCCCCCCGAGCCAUCUCGUCUCUGGGCUGAACAGUCCCAGUUCUCUUAGCCUCUCCUUGUAUAAGAGAUGAUCUAGUCCCUUAGUUACCUUUGUAGCCCUUCGCUGGACUCGUUCCAGUAGCCCCAUGUCUCUCUUGUACUGGUGGGCCCAGAACUGGACACAGCACUCCAGGUGUGGCCUCAUCAUGGCUGAGUAGAGGAGAAAGAUCACCUCCCUCAACCUGUUGGCAAUGCUCUUCCUAGUGCAACCCAGGAUGCCACUGGCCUUUGCCACAAGGGUACAUUGCUGGCUUAUGGUCAGCUUGUCCACCAAGACUCCUGGGUCCUUCUCUGCAAAGCUGCUCUCCAGCUGGUUGGCCUCCAGCCUGUAUUGGUUGUGUGGGCUUUUUCCUCCCCAGGUGCAGGACUUUGCAUUUCCCUUGGUGGUGUUUCAUGGGUUUCCUGUUGGCCCAUUUCUCCAGCCUGUUAAGACCCUCUGACCAGCAGUGCAACCCUCUGGUGUAUCAGUCUCUCCUCCCAGUUUUGUAUCACCUGCACACUUGCUGAGCGUGUGCUCUGUCCCAUCAUGCAACCAAUUAAUGAAGUAUUGACUCCUGGGGGACACCCACUAGUAGCUGGCCUCCAGCUGGACUUUGUGCCUCUGAUCAUAAUCCUCUGAGCCCAGCAAUCAGCCAGUCUUCUGUUUACCUCCCAGGGAGGCCAUGCGAUGGCUGAGGAGCUUGAGCCAUUCCUCCAAGCACAAGUUACUGCCUGGUGGAGUCAUCUGGAAGCCGGCAUCACCUUCCUGCUUGACUGAUGGCUUUGUGCUGCUACAGAAAACCCAAUGCAAGAGGAGCAGCAAACUUGUGUCCUCAAAUAGAAGGGAACAAGGAAGGGUGCAGGCAGCCUUUGCUCGUCUGCCUCCCUGGAAUCCAAGGGACGGAGCAGGGGCCCGUCCUGGGAGCCUGCCCUUGCCCUUUGCGUGGUCGUUUUGUCUGGGGGCAGGGUGCUGGCUGCGGCUCCUGGCAGGGAGAUUUGAAUUAAGCAGAGAGGGAGACAGAGCAGCAGGAGCAGGGCAAAGUACCUGCGGGGCAGCUGCGUGCCAGCUUCCCCACAUAGGAAAAUUUGGUGUGUGCCGUUGGGCUGGAAGCACUCCCAAGCAGAGACUUGCGUUUCUGGUUAGCUUAGCAGAGCUGAGCUGGGGUCUUACCUGCAGGACUGGCCUUUGGGGAGGCUUGCACUGAGCUGGGGUGCUUGCUGGUGAGCGUUGCUGGGCUCCGGCGUGUGCCAGGCUUGGGUGACUGCCCCGCAUGAGGGCGCAGGGUUGCUCAGCUCGGCAUGGCCCGACUCAGGCUGGUGUGGGGGAAAGAGUUGAACCCUGUGUUUUAGUAUGCCUGACGCAAUCGAGUUGUAAUCUGGUGUCCAAGGCCAUCUGCUAGCAGGGAAGGAAUCUCUGCACUCAGAUUUGUGCAACACGAGCCUGUCUCCUGUCCCCCAGACCCCGGGGCUGCCAGCAGGCAGAGGCAGAGCUGCUCUGUUGUGGUAGCGUCAGCCCCUAUGCACCCUGGCAGCAGCUCCCCCUGCCCAGCUGGGGAAACUGAGGCAGGGCCAGGGCAGCAGCUGUCCACCAGGCUGGAGCACCCAGCUUGCGGUGCAGCACUGGGCUCUAACCACUGAGCAACGCUUCCUUGCAGGCAGAACAGCAUGUCUUUGAGCUCCGCCUGGGUUGCUCCCCACAGGAGGAGAUCAGGUUGUGGUUUUAGAGCUGUGCCCCCUUGGCAGAUGUGCCUCAUCCACCCCCAGGAGCUUGCAGAGGUCCCCAGGAACUGGAUGCAGGAACAUCUGUCAGGUAAAGCAGUGGAGGCUGGCAGUGCCCUGCCUGAUGACACUUGCUGGGCAGGGACCAUGAUCUGUUCGUAAGCCUUUCCUGCCUUGGGCUGCUCCUUGCAAACCCGUUCCCACCCCCCGGGCCCAGCUGCCCUUUUCAGCCGGGGUGCACCCUGCGGCCUGCCUGCACCCAGAGGCUCUCCCCUGCUCGCCCAGGCAUGCUGCAUGCUCCUGGCACUCUGGUUCUUGGCCUGGUUGGAAAAUGGGGUUGAAGAAGAGGGAUUCGGUAGGAAAAGGAGCUGAAGGUUUCCCUGCGUGACGCAACGCUGCAGAGCGGUGGUCGCCAGCUCAGCACGUGUGAUGCUCGCAGCGGUGCCAGGCUGCAGGACGGUGGGUGUCCUGUCCCAGCCAGGAGAAAUCCCUUCCACAAACCCUGCGGCUGAGGGAUGGGAUAGCUCAGAAGCGUAAGCACCGUGGUACAGAUAACAGUGGGGCUGAAGUCCAAAGUGUGGCCGGUCCUUGAGAGCAGAUUCCAGCCCUCCGCUCGCAGCAGGGCCUCCUCUGCCUGCCCCUUGCGUCUCCCAGCUCUGUUUUGCCCUCGCUGCGGCCCGGCAGCAGCGAUGUCUGGGCGCACGGUCCUCCUGGUCCUGACGCUGUUGGGCAGGGCCGCCCUUUCCGACGCCUCCACCGUGGUCAACAGCUGCAGCAGCUCAGCCGAGCAGCUCUGCGACUUCGUGUGCGACUGCGGCGACUGCUCCGACGAGAACCAGUGUGGGUACCUCGGGACCUCGCUCGUGCUGGGCACCCCCUUCACCUGCGACUUCGAGGAAGGCGACUGUGGCUGGCGGGACGUGAGCGCCUCGGCUUACAGAUGGGUGCUGGGCCGGGCCAGCCUGGCCGCGUGGGGCACGGGGCCCCACUCGGACCAUACCGUGGGCACCGACCUGGGCUGGUUCAUGGCUGCAGCGGACCCACCGGGAAAGACCUCGCCCACGGCCUGGCUCCGGUCGCCGGUGAUGCGGGAAGCGGCUGCCACGUGCGAGAUCCGGGCCUGGUAUCACCUCUCGGGAAGCGGGCUCAACCGGACAGAGCAGCCGGUGCUGCGGCUGGCCCUGGAGGCUGGGGACGAGACCGUGGAGCUGUGGCAGAGCCCCGAGCAGGGAGGCGAGGGGUGGCACGAGCUGGUGGCCUACCCGGGCCGGACGGCGGGCUCCUUCCAGCUCACCUUCUCCGUGACGCCGUCGCCAGCGCGGGAGGCGCAGCUGGCGCUGGACGACAUCACCUUCAGGAACUGCGGCCUGCCGCAGCAGCUGGCCGGGCAGGUGUGCGAGGCCGAGGAGAGCGCGUGCCAGCGGGGCUCCUGCGUGGCGUCCGACCGCUUCUGCGACGGCACCGACGACUGCGGGGACGGCUCCGACGAGGCGGCGCCGCAGUGCGAGUCGUUCACCGCGUGCACCUUCGAGCAAGGCCUGUGCCUGUGGGAGGCGGAGGCCGGGCCGGCGGCCUGGGAGAGGAACGCGAGCGUGAAUCUGGGGGCCGCCUACGGCCUCCCCGCCCGCGACCACAGCAACGGCAGCCGCGAAGGUUGUUUCCUCCAUGUCGGCGGCGUCGCUGGCGGGGUGGCCAGGCUGAGCAGUCCCGAUUUCCAGGCCACCAACUCCUGCUCGCUCGCGCUCUACUGCCAUCUCCACGGCUCGGCCGCCAGCAACCUCAGCAUUUAUUACGUGACCGCCUCCGCCAAGGUGCUGCUGAGGGAGCGGACGGGCGAGCUGGGCGCCUCCUGGGUCCGGGAAAGAGUGGAGUUCGACGUGCCGGAGACCUUCAAGGUGCUGAUCGAAGGGGUGGCCGGCGGCACGGGGACAGUGGCCCUCGACGACAUGAUCCUCUCCCCAGGCUGCAAGCAGGAGCAGGAAAAGCCCCAGAUAGCCCUGCCGGACCGGGACGCUGCAGGCCCGUGCGGAGCCGAGGAGUUUGCUUGUGACAGCGGGCAAUGCAUCGGUGCCGAGCUGGCCUGCGACUUCGCCGAGGGGUGCGCCGACGGCUCCGAUGAGAAGCGCUGCGGAGCGACCACCUUCGAGGAGGGGGCCGGGGGCUGGCAUGACCUCAGUGUGGGCCAGCUGCGCUGGGGGGUGCAGACAGCCACUGCGUCCACGGGCAGCACCCUCGGGGAAGCAGGGGCUUUCCUGGCCCUCCAGAGCGGGGCAGGGCAAACGCUGACCGCUGCCAAGGCGCGCACUCCUCCGCUGGGCCCGUCCGGCCCGGCCUGCACCAUGGAGAUGAGCUACCGCAUCUCCAGCGACCACCAAGGCUUCCUCGCCGUCCGUGUGGCCGAUCACGGCACGGGCACGACCCAGCUGGCCUGGGAGGCGCGGGGACAUGGCAGCACGGCCUGGCAGCACACCAGCAUCCCGCUCGGGGAGAGAGCCAGGCCCUUCCAGGUGGAGCUGCUCGGGCAGGUAAAUCCGCACGAGGCGGCGAGCGUGGCCAUCGACAACGUGACUUUCGUGCACUGUGACCCCAGCGUCGCUCCGCCGCAGGCUGCAGAGGUGUCUUGCAACUUCGAGACGGACACGUGCGGCUGGUACCAGGAUCAGCGCAGCGACUUCCGCUGGGUCCGAGGCGCGGGGCAGGGCCAGGGCCCCGACCACACCACCGGCUCGGGGUACUUCCUUGCCAUGGACCCCGCCGCGCCGGGCAGCCAUGGGCAGCAGACGCAGCUCAUCACCUCCUACCAGGAGCCGGCCACCACGGCGAGCUGCCUCUCCUUCUGGUACCGCCUGGCCGGCCCGCAGAUCGGCACCCUCAGCCUCAAGCUGAAGCACGAGGAAGAGGAGGAAACGGUGCUGUGGACCAAGAGGGGGGCCCAGGGCAGCGUGUGGCACCGGGGCUUCGCCACGCUUAGCCCCGAGGGACAGCGCAAGUACCGGCUGGCCUUCGAGGCCCUGCGCGAUGGCUUCGUGGGCGACGUGGGCCUGGACGACGUGACGCUGCGCGCAGGGUCCUGCGGCGCCCAGCGCUCCUGCUCCUUCGAGGCCGGCACCUGCGGGCUGGCGGCCAGCGGGGAGCUCACCUGGCUGCGGCAGAGCAACAGCACGGGUGCCACCGCCGGCCCUUCGGCCGACCACACCACCAGCACGGCCGCAGGCCAUUACAUGCUGGUUAACACCAGCAAGGGCUCCCUGCCCGCGGGGCGCGUGGCCGUGCUCACCUCCGAGCUGUACGAGCCCUCUGCGCAGACCCAGUGCCUGACCUUCUGGUACCAGCUGAGCGGCGCGACCCCAGGUUCCCUCAGCGUCUUCGUGGAGGAGAGCGGCAUGCAGAGGAGGAAGCUCUUUGCCGUGAGCGCCAUGCAGGGGAGCGCCUGGCACCACGGCCAGGUCACCAUCCAGGCAGAUGAAGACUGGAGGGCGAUAUUCGAGGCAGCGGGAGGCGGGGGCGACCAUGCGUACAUCGCGCUGGACGAUCUGCACGUGAUGGACAGUGCUUGCUCCGAACCAGGUUCUUGUGACUUUGAGCUGGACACAUGCGGCUGGAGCAGCCCCACAGAUGACAACCCGUAUGGCUUCGCAUGGGGCCGGAAGAGCGGAGUUCCCCUUGCCAAAUACCCUGGCCCUGAGCAGGAUCACACCCUGGGCACAAAGGAUGGUCACUACGCGUACUUCGACGCCAGCGUGCUGGGCCUGGGGGACACUGCUGCCCAGCUGGAGAGCCAGCACCUGCCUGCAGCUGCCGACUCCUGCCUCCGCUUCUGGUACCACAUGGACAUCCCAGAGCACCUCCCUGGCGUGGAGCUGCGUGUGAGGCUGCACAGCGCCGAGGGGCAGCGCACGGUGUGGAGCGCGGCUGGGCACCAGGGCUGGGGCUGGCUGAGCAGCACGGUGCCCGUGCAGAGCCCCAGCGAGUUCCAGAUUGUCUUCGAGAUUGCCACCAGGACGUGGCCAAUAAAAGGGACCAUCGCACUGGAUGACAUAGUGUACAGUGCUGGGACAGGCUGUGAUGCCAGCGCAGCGAUGGCGGGGAAAGAGACAAAGUCUUCCAGCAGCUUUGUGGCAGAGGUGGUGAUCGGCCUUCUCCUGGCCCUCGUAGUCCUGGCCAUGGUAGUGGCAGGAGGCUAUUACUUGCUGAAGAGGAGGGGACAAGCAAGCAGGACAGCAGCAGAGAGCAGUGCCCCUCAGGGCUUUGACAACAUCACUUUUCAAGAUGACAAGGUCACUAUAUCUCCACUGCCAAAGGAGGGGGAAUGAAGAUUGAAAUAUUAAGCCAAUGCCACUAAUUGCCACCUUGUGCCCAUUAACUGCAUACAGAACAGAGCAUCUUUCAGGAAAACCUCACACUCCCGCAGCCUCAUCUGGCUCAAAGGUACUCUUGCUGUCUGACAUCGUGCCUGUCAAAUAAGAAGCUGCAGUAGGCACCUAAGGUCACAGCUCAGGAGAGGGAGAAGUGCUGCUUCCUCCACUACCUCCAAGACUUGGAAAAAGUACCCUUGUGUAAUACAAACUUUCUGUACGCACU